AGUUAUUAAAUUAUAUUGAAUAAAUGGACACACCUAUAGGGAAAGAUCUAACGAAUUCAGUAAUAGGAAAAGUUUAUAAAUUGAUUAAGAGAAUAGGAAGUGGAGCUUUUGGAGAAAUCUAUUAAGUAACAAAAGGAAAAGAGGAUUAUGCAAUGAAAUUAGAAAGGAGUGAUACUAAACAUCCUUAAUUAUUUUUUGAAGCCAAGUUAUAUAGUUAUUUAUAAGGAUCUGAUAGUAGUGAUAAAGGUAUUUCAAAUAUUAAUUAAAAGUUAGGAAUCCCUAGAAUAUAUGGUUAAGGGACAGAUGGUGA